AUGGGGGCGGCUUUCGACGCUCUGAAUAUGCAACAGUCAUUGGGAUCGCGUCGACCAGCACCUACCACACUUCCCAGCUUUGAGCUACCCAGUCCUCACGCGCCGCAACCACAGCAAAAGCACCAACUACAUCCUACCGUUAACACAACCCAACCGUCAAUCGCUGGCGUUAAGGUUGGCAACCUUUUGACCCCUCCCUCAAAUUCUGCGGCGGACAGUAGUUCAGCAUCGGCUGGUUUAGCUGGGCCUGGACAAAUUCAGGCCUAUUCACAGAGUUACUGGCCAGCACCGUCUUACGGCUUCAAUUCCGGCCGAACCACUGCUCAUUCUUCGAUAUCUGAUAAUUUAUCUCCAUCUUACCCACAAAACACAAUGUAUCCUUCUCCUCUUUCCCCGUCGCCGGCACUCUCCGUGUCCUCAACACAACAGCAUGACCAGCAGCAGCCUCAAAACCAGCGUGGAAACUAUGCCACCGGGCAACCGCAGCCUGCAUCGCAAGCAAAUACGCUGGACCCUUUUGGGCAGAAGUAUACCUACAACGGCUCCCAACAGCCUCCUGCUUCUCCCACAAGCUUCAACCCUUACCAGAGCGGGGUACAGCCACCGAGCUCUAGCGCGCCGUCUGGUAGAGUGCCAGGGAUGCCUAUUCAAUAUCCUCUCGAUACACAACAACCACUUCCUCAGUUUACACGGCCGUACCCGUCGUACUCGCUUCCCGCCAUGAAUGGCCCAAUCAUGAGCAACAUACACAAUCCAAACAAUCAAAUGGCGUUAAUAGGCUCUGUACAGCCUAAUCUCCUUCCAGGUUUUAAUAGCGGGCAUGCCGCCAGUUUACAUCAAAUGUACCCCCACGCGCAUACCCAUCAUUUGCAUGGCCUUGUACAGGCUCCACAAAACGACCGCCCCUUCAGAUGCGAUUUGUGUCCACAGAGUUUCAACAGAAAUCACGAUUUAAAACGACACAAGAGGAUACAUUUAGCCGUGAAGCCAUUUCCUUGUCACCAUUGCGACAAGAGUUUCUCCAGAAAAGAUGCGUUAAAGAGACACAUCCUCGUCAAAGGUUGUGGAAAGGAGUCUGCGGCUGAUGGAAAUACGUCGUCGAGUUCCACAAAUGUAAAAGACGAGACGACUGGAACCGUGUCGCCACCACACGGGAUUGGCGCGCGACAUGAUAAAUACUCUUAA